AUGGCACAGAAGGUUAUUCUUAUCAUUGGCGGAACUGGAGCACAGGGUAUUCCAACUAUCAAAGAACUACUCAAGCCAGCGGUGGAUGGAUCUAGUCCCUAUGCCAUACGCGUCCUGACGAGAGACCCCGACAACUAUCGCGCUCAAAUGCUCCGGGACCUGGGUUGUGAGCUGGUUCAAGGCUCUGUCAAAGACCUUGGCUCCGUUGCCGUCGCCCUGCAAGGUGUCUAUGGAGCGUUUGUCAACAUCGACGGUUUCACGAUAGGGGAAAAAGAGGAGAUAUAUGCCGGGCUCAGAAUCUAUGAACUAGCCAAACAGCAGGGAGUCAAACAUUACGUCUGGAGCAGCCUUGAUUAUUUCUCAAAGAAAGGAAACUUUGAUCCCAAGUACCGUUGUGGACAUUACGAUGCAAAGGGUCGAAUCGCCGACUUUCUCAAGGCUCAGCCCUCAGCAAAGUCGCCGAGUGAUGGUAUGGUGUGGAGCGUCAUCACCUCUGGCCCAUAUACGGAGAUGCUAUCUGGAGCACUCUUUAUUCCUCGUCUUCAAGAAGAUGGGGCGUUCCUGUGGAGCCACCCUCUUGGAGAAGGCGCAGUGCCCCUUAUCGCACUUUCCGACUUUGGCUACUUUGCUCGCUGGAUCUUCGACCAUCCGGAAGAGAACUCUGGAGUCGAUCUCGAGGUGGCUUCGCACAUGACGACGUGGAAAGAACUCGUGGAGACAUUUGAAAGGGUCACCGGCAAGCGUGGCCGAUACGAAGAUGUCGACUUUGAUUCAUACUUUGGCCGCAUGGGAGGUGGCAAUCAGCCAGUAGCAAAGGAAGCUCCAGAAGGGUUGACGUUUCGUCAAAACUUUACAGGGGCCUUUAAUGGUUGGAAGGACAAUAUCGCCACGAGGGACAUGGAAAAGCUACGCAAGAUUCACCCUGGACUGAGAACACUCGAAGCUUGGAUGAAAGAGACACAGUAUGAUGGAACUCCGACGGGCUUGCUGCUCAAGGGAAUGGAGACGCAAGGUGCCCAUCUUCCAAGAGGUCGCUAA